CCGGGGGCCUGGCCCCACCUCCCAGAAUUACUUAUCACAGCCGGUGGAGAGAACGUGCCCCCUGUGCCCAUCGAGGAGGCCGUGAAGAUGGAGCUGCCCAUCGUCAGCAAUGCCAUGCUGAUCGGGGACCAGAGGAAGUUCCUGUCCAUGCUGCUCACCUUGAAGUGUGUGCUGGACCCAGACACCUCCGAGCCGACGGACAGCCUAACUGAACCAGCUGUGGCCUUCUGCCAGAGGGUGGGCAGCAAAGCCACCACUGUGUCUGAGAUCGUGGGCACCAAGGACGAGGCCGUGUAUCAGGCCAUUGAGCAGGGGAUCCAGAGGGUCAACAAGAACGCAGCUGCCCGACCCUACCGCAUCCAGAAGUGGGCCAUUCUCCAGAGGGACUUCUCCAUUUCGGGUGGAGAGUUGGGUCCCACAAUGAAGGUGAAACGGCUCACGGUUCUGGACAAGUACAAAGACAUCAUCGACUCCUUUUACCAAGAGCAGAAGAAGUAAUCGGGGCCAUCCUCCCAGUUUCCGCUGAAGAUGGCAGGCCUUUUGGAGGUCAUCCUGGGCUCCGGGUCCCCCUUGGUCUGGGCACACUGAUGCCCAGCAAGGUUGUGAGGUCUCCGCAUCCGGCCACGGCACUGGUGUCCACGUUUACCGGGUCUGGCACCAGCAGCCGCUGACGAUCCCAGAAGCUUCACGUGUGGAUAGUUUUACUUUUAAGCAUUGCUUUUUGUUCAGGUGACAAAUGAGAUCAGCUCAUUUGUCAUAAAGGGCGGGCUGCUGGCUCGUGUAGGGGAGGACGGAGAGGGACGGCCAGAGUUACUUGGCGCGCCGCAGGAGAGCCCACGGUCAGUCCGACCUCCUCUGGACCCACGGCCGCUGCCCACCCCGCUGUGCCAGCCCUGGGCGCUGGGCACCUCACACUUGCCGACUGACCUGAUGCUUAAUAAAACCGCUGUUGCCUGUUUGUACUGUGAUUUGAAUAUUAAACCAUUUAACAGACUU